AUGAAGACCUUUCGCGUGAGAAACGACGUUCCCAAGGCGGCAGUUCGAACCGAGGGGCGCUGGUUGAAGGCUGAUGUCGAAGAGUGUCAGUCAUUCCUCAUAAUUACGGCCUUCGAGAGCUCCGACGGGCAGGUGUUGCCUUCAGGGACAGGGAUAAAGGGUGAAAAUGCGGUGACCUUAACCACGCGGCGCCUCUUCGAUAGCGACGCCGAAACCGCAAAGGACAAGCGUGAUGCGUCGGCGCCUGGGCUUCCGGCGCCGCGCGGGAAUAGCAGUAGUAACAGCCUCUCGGCUUCAAUCACGUCUCCCCACAGGGUCGGAUGCCAGGCCGGCGUGCAGAUCGGCCAAGCCUGCUGGGAACUCUACUGUCUGGAGCACGGCAUCUACCCUGACGGUGUGCCGUAUAAUGACUAUGGCGACGGCAAUCUUGACCCCUUCUUCUCCGAAACGAAGGAGGGGCGAUACGUGCCCAGAACGCUCUUCGUUGACCUCGAACCAUCUGUUGUGGACGAGGUGCGGCAUGGCGUGUACAGGGACCUCUUCCGUCCCGACGACCUUGUCACUCACACCGAGGACGCAGCAAACAACUUCGCCCGCGGCCGAUACAGCGUCGGACAGGAGGUUGUGCGCAAAGUCCUCAACCGGAUAAGGAAGCAGGCGGAAGCAUGUUCUGGGUUACAGGGUUUCAUGUUUUUUCAUUCAUUUGGCGGAGGCACUGGGUCAGGUUUCAUGUCGCUGUUAUUAGAGAAAGUGAUGGAAGAGUUCACAAGUCCCAGUAUGCUAAGGUUUGCCGUUUUCCCCUCGCCCCGUAUGUCCACUGCAGUCGUCGAGCCCUACAAUGCUGUGUUGCAUGCCUCCACCACCAUGGAAUAUGACCAUUGCGUCUUUGUGUUUGACAAUGAAGCUACUUACAACCUGUGCAUCAACAAACUACACGUUGGUCGUCCAAAUUAUAAUAACUUAAAUCAUCAUGUUGCACAGGUGGUAUCUGCAUCAACUGCUUCCUUACGCUUUGAUGGAGAUCUUAAUGUUGAUCUUAGGGAUUUUAAAACUAAUCUUGUGCCACUGCCACGUCUUCACUUCCCAAUAGUUACAUAUGCACCUGUUAUAUCAGCUGACAAUGCAAACCAUGAACAACAGUCUGUAGCAGACAUGACAAAUGCCUGCUUUGAUUCUUCCACACAAAUGGCUACUUGUGACCCCAGCAAUGGCAAAUACAUGUCAUGCUGUCUAUUGUAUCGUGGUGAUGUAAUACCUAAUGACGUCCAGAGAGCCAUAGCUGCUAUUCGAGUAAAGAAGACCGUCCAGUUUGUCGAGUGGUGUCCAACUGGAUUUAAAUUGGGCAUCAAUUCUGGCCCCCCAACUGUAGUUCCAGGAGGAGACUUGGCAAAGACUAACAGAGCUGUAUGCAUGUUAGCCAACACAACUGCCUUCAGGGAAGCAUGGGCACGUGUAAAUCUCAAAUUUGAUCUCAUGUACAGCAAGCGAGCCUUUGUCCAUUGGUACGCUGGUGAGGGUCUCGAGGAAGCAGAACUUUCUGAGGCUCGAGAGAACAUGGCCCAGCUAGAGAGGGAUUAUGAAGAGGUGGAUGGCCAUGAUGAUGACUUAAUGGACAAUCAUGAAUUUUAGCUCAUUAUCAAAAAAUAUAUCACAGGACAAUAAAUUACAAAACAAUA